GCCCACCCGUCAGUGGCACGCGCAGUCCACGGUUACUCCCAACCCAAAAAAGCUGACUGGCUCCACCGCAGUCCUCCUCCGCCAUUUCCAUCCACCUCCGAGCUCGCCUUACAACUUCUCCGCUCGCGGCGGCUACAUCCUUCCGGCUCCCCAGCGCGUUCGUCCAACUCCCGUCCGCCCCUCUAGCGCUCAUUCCACUCAAGAGUCAAGCCAAGCACGCCACCCGCAGUCACUUCUUCACUCGUAGUCGUUCUCUUCUCAACUCUUGGCUGGCGAGGAGUGCAGAUCCACCCGGACUUGUGCGCUCAUUUCUUCUUUUCCUUGCAUGUUUCUUGAGGAACCAUUUUGCGGUGUGUCAAAGUAGCACCCGAAGAUACUCUACAUCAGUAUUCAGUACAUACCAUUUUAGGUUUCCUCGAUCAGAUUUUCUGCAAGAAUUCAGCUCAUGGUGGCUGCAUGAGCAGCUGAAAUGCUACUGACUGUGGAGGGGGGAGGGUUUUUCUCGUCGUCAGCAUCAGGAUAUAGCCAUGGCCUCGCUCUCUUGCUACUUGGACGGAAAGGUGAAGAGAAGCGUGACAAGGGAUCACCAUGUAGUCAAUACAGACUAGUUGGUCAAGAAGCUGGGCAUGACUGCCAAGUGCCAUCAGCGAAAAAUGAUGUUCCUGGUAAAUGUGCUUCCUUUAUCUGCUUUGGCUGCACACCUGCUAGGCUUGUGGGGGCAUCUCCUCCAAAAUUGAGUUCAGGUAACAGGUCUGGGAACACAUCAGAACAAUCAUCCAGUUCAACCACAUCAACAGCUAAUGGUUCCAUCAAUGGAAGUGGGAGAAAAGGUUGUCUCAAGAACAACCUAAAAAGGGAUUCAUCUGAGCGUUCUACAUUAAGUUUCGGCGAGGAGCCACGUGAGUCGCUUGAAGAGGUGCAAACCUUGAGAUUUGGUAUGGAACAGAGAAAAGUUCAGUGGACUGACUCUUGUGGGAAGGAACUUUUCGAGAUAAAAGAAUUUGAGAGCAGCGAUGAUGGUCUGCCAGAAGAUGACCAAGAAAACGAGGGUUUCAGGAAAUGCGAAUGUGUGAUCCAGUGAUCUUCACUUCUGCAAAGUGCCCUGGCCGAGCCGAGGCGGUGCUUCAUGGGAUCUUGCAGUUCUGAUCUUUGUGGUCGUAAUACAUGACAAGAUGCACAGGCUGCUUGCUUCCUUCCGAUGAAGACAGAUACUCGAGGAGGAAUCUGGGAACUUUUUUUUUUGUACUACCUUGGUUCUUAUGUUCAGUUAGUGCACAUAAUAUGUAGGGCUACAAUUUUGUCAUGGUUGACUACUUCUAGUCGUUUCACAUUCACCUCCAACCUAUUCUCCCUUUCCCUAUCGAGAAGUGCUUCUAUGCUUUCAGAAAACAGGGAGGCACGAAUCACAAAACACCUUUCGUCUAAUUACGCAUCACUUGAGGAUUCGGGCUAUUGGAGUCUAGACUGGAAGUCCAUUUGGGCCUGAACCGUCCACGUAGUCGUCACCUCCCCAUGAUUCCCUUCUCUUGGUUUUUCGCUUUCCUCCCCGCCGCCCAUCAUCAUCAUGUGGAGCCACUUCGCCGCCGCAUGUCCUUGUCGCGUGGUGCUGCUCCAUUGUCACCCGUCCACAUCACGUGGUGCCGCUCCACCGGCGCCCGUCUUCGUCGCGUGGUGCCGCUCCGCCGUCGUCCCUGGCCAUCUCUCAUUGUCCGACUCCUCUGCAAGGCGAGAUCGAGAAGCCCUCUCCUUCCUCCGCCAUCUCUCCCCUGGUCCAGCUACCCUGGGUGAGCCUCCAUGUUCCCUCUUUUCCGUUCUUUCCUUCAGAUCAAGUAGCAUUAGCCAUGGAAACAAUAGGUUAUAAUUCCGAUUUGUCAUUUCAUUUUUGCUAUCAAAGUGCUAACUAUCAAAUGAGGUGCACUAGUGUUGUUCUAUAGACCAAUUCAUUUUUUUUUUCAGUAAAUGCUUGCACUUUUCCUCUCUCGUCGCUGAAAUUGGGCUAUCUGUUGGAAAGUAUUUGGAGUUGAUAGCAUUCAUCUUAGUUUCAGGGAUCCGACAACAAAGAGUGCUCAUCAAUACUUCAUAAAGCUUUGGAAGGCACAGUGAUGCUACACACUUUUCCAAAGACCACAAUUGAUGUUUUUGCCUUGGUUCUUGAGUCUGGUGGCAUUAUGAUACUACUAUAGACUUUGCUUUUUGAUGAUAAGUAUAAUACACCAGGUUUUGCAUUUUGUUAAGGCAAAAAAAAAUUUUAGUUCAGUGCUUUAGUACAUAUGUGGAAAUUCUGUUCAUGUCUAAGAAGAAGGAACAUUGAACUGCUGCUCAUCUUUCUAACAUGAUAGAGCCUCUAAUAUUCUUGGUCUUAUGAGAUAAAGUUAAAGCUAAGUUAUACCUAACAAGUACCCAGUUUGAACAUGCCAUUAUUACCUUAGUGUUUCACCUUGCUCUUUGAGAAGGUCACGGAGAAACUCGACAAGACUUUAACCAUAAUUUGUCAAUCUCGCAUGGCAGGGGUCAACUGCAUAGAUGUUCCUAUGUAUCAUUUUUUUUUGCUUUGCAUACAACAACUGGAUAAUGCCUCGUGUA